GCAUAAUUAACUCAAGAAGUAACACCGGGGGAAGAAAGAAGAUAAGCAAAACACAGCCUCAAUCCUUCCCAGCUCCCAAUAUCUUCUUCCUUCCCAAUCCAUGACAACCACCACAGUCCAUCCCCCUUUGAUCUACUACUAUCGAAACCCGAAAUACCCAAUCUCGAUCGGAGACAAACCCUCCCUCUUGCCAUCCGCUCGCACGAAAUUCUUCACCAGGCCAACCCUCUUCCCCAUUUCCCCAACUCUGGCCGUGAAAUGCAGCUCCGAAAAGGGAGAAGUGAUUGGUGGUCUGAAGGAGGUGUUGUCCGGGAUUGUGGACGAGAGAGUAGAGGAACUGUUGAACAGGGAAGAGAACAGGGUUUUGCUUGAUGGGUUGGAGACGGCUUCGCAGAGAGUUGAGGUUGCCAAGAGAGCGCUCGCGGAGAUUGAAGAACAGGAAAUUGAAGCUAAGAAGUUGAGGGAUUAUGUCAAUAAUCUCGAAUCCAGAACCUCCGAGAUUGCAGAAUGUCAGAGGGAGAUAUCAGAAGCGAAAGCAAUGGUGGAAGAAGCACAGCGCUCUCUCUAUGGCUAUGAGGUUGGAAACCGAGAUGCUUUUAUGGAGGCGGGAACAGAAGAGCUUGAUAGAAAUGCAGAGAGGUUGGAGUCUGUGAAAGCAGCUUCUGUUUCUGCCCUAGUAGGGAGUUUUGCAGGGCUCCCGAUUGCCCUUGCUCAAAUGACCAGCAAUUCACUGCUUAUUCUCCCUUUCACAAUCACCUUCGUCAGUUGUGCACUAUUCGGAGUCACUUUUCGAUAUGCAGUAAGAAGAGAUUUGGACAAUUUUCAGCUCAAGACAGGAACUUCUGUGGCAUUUGCCUUUGUAAAAGGUCUUGCUACACUGGAUGGUGGACCUCCUUUGGAAUUGGAAAUGGGGAGUUUUCUGUCGCAUGCUGUUGGAAGUGCAGUUUAUGUAGCUGAGAAUCUUCUAGUCUUUUUAUUUUCUGGAAUUGCACUGGAUUAUUGUUUCAAGAUGAGGUUGUUAAGUCCUUUUCCUAUUCAAAGAUCUGCUUCAGAGACUGAAAGAAGGUGAAGAGCUUUUUACUCUAGCAGACAAAAUCAUUUUUCUUUUGAUGGAUGUACAUGUACACUAUCUAAGCAAUUUCAUUUCUGGCUA